CCAUUAAUUUCAGUUUUCAACAGUAAUUAUCCAGCUAAGCCGACGUUGUGGAGUGAAAUCCGAAUUGAAUUUCAAAUCCCAGUUCUUCAAUUUCGAUAAUCAAAUUGCCGUUUCAUUAAAAAAAUUUCCCCUUUAUAUAGCAAAAAACAAGGAUCGCUUCGCUGCAUGCAAUCUUAGAGAGAGAAAGUCUCUUUAAGAUCGGUUAAACAGUCUUUUCUGAGUUUUCACAAUUUCAAAGACAUUUAAGGAGGCGGAAUUCAGGUAAUUACAUCUCUCGGUGAAUAAAGAUCAGUUUUGGGUAAGUCUGUUUUGUGAUCUGCAGCAAGCUGGAUUGAUGUGCGAUGCAGAGGUCACGGAAAGCUCUUCUACAAAGAAGAGCGGUAAAGGAGGCAAUUUGUGGCAAAAGUCGCUUGUAUAAGGUCUCUCUUUCUGUUGUUAUCGUUCUAUGGGGCGUUGUGUUUCUCUUAAAUACAUGGAUCGGCCAUGGCGAUGGCCAAACAGAAGUAUCAGAGUAUUCUGGUAAUGCAACAAGAUGGGGUGAAGAAGAAGUGUCUUUUGGCAGGGAUGUAAAUAAUAGAUUAUCUAUGGAUGAACAUCCAUCACAUGGAAUUACGAGAUGGGAUGAAGACGAAGCGUCUCUUGACAGGGAUGUAAAUCCUAGAUCAACAGAUGGAAAUACACAUCCAUCAGAUGGAACUACGAGAUCGGGUGAAGGUGAAGUCCCUUUUGAUAGGGAGGUGAAUAGGAGAGUAUAUGUAGAUGGACAUCCAUCGGCUGGAACAGUCUCUGAAAAUGGUUAUACCGAUGAUAAUAAGAGUGAAUCACUUGUUAAAUUGGCAAAAGAAAGUUCUGAAUCGGCUGCCGUAAGGAAAGAUUCGCCUGGGAAUAUGGAGAAGGACAAGUCAUUAACCAACGAGUUGUCCCGUGGAGUACAUAUAGGUCUUGAUGAAUUCAAGAACAAAGCAUUUAGCUCGAAACUUAAACAUGCAACGGGUAAAUCUGGAAGCAUAAUGCAUAGAUCAGAGCCUGGUGGAGAGGACUACAAUUAUGCUUCUGCUUCUAAAGGAGCGAAGGUUUUGUCUUUCAAUAAGGAAGCCAAGGGCGCUUCUAAUAUAUUGAACAGAGACAAAGACAAGUACCUUCGAAACCCUUGCUCAACCGAAGAAAAAUUUGUCGUGAUAGAGCUUUCUGAAGAAACGUUGGUCGAUGCUAUAAAGAUAGCAAACUUUGAGCAUCACUCUUCUAAUUUGAAAGAUUUUGAAUUAUUAGGCAGUGCUGUUUACCCCAGUGAUUCGUGGGUAAGUCUUGGAAGUUUUAGUGCUCAAAACAUGAAACAUGCGCAGGACUUUGUUCUUCCGGAGCCAAAAUGGGCGAGAUACCUUAAACUGAACUUGUUGAGUCAUCAUGGUUCGGAGUUCUACUGCACACUGACGUUCAUUGAAGUGUACGGUGUUGAUGCUGUUGAGAAAAUGCUUGAGGAUCUGAUUUCAGCUCAAGAUAAGGUGCCCCCAUCUGGGGAAAUAUUAGAGGAUAAGAAGUCUGGUUCGAGCCAACACGUGAGCACUGAAGUUGCGGGUGAUGAAGAUCUAGUUGAAGAAACUGAUACUAUGAUCAGAACCCCUGAAGAAAUCCGUCAUAAACAAGUAAAUCGGAUGCCUGGGGAUACCGUUCUUAAAAUUCUAAUGAAAAAGGUUAGAUCUCUGGAUCUGAAUCUAGCUAUUCUUGAGCGGUACCUAGAGGAGAUUAGUAGCAGAUACGGAGACAUUUUCAAGGAAUUUGAUAGAGAUAUUGGACACAAGGGCGAACUUCUAGAGAAGAUAAUAUCCGAUCUCCGGAGCCUAUCUCGAAGCAAUGAAGAUAUGAGCGAGGAGAUCAGUGAGCUUUUGUCUUGGAAAUCUCUUGUUUCCGUGCAGCUGGACAGUAUACUCAAAGAGCAUGCCCUCCUCAGGUCGGAAGUGGAGACGGUAAGAAGGGAUCAAACACACAUGGAGAAUAAGGGAAUUGUGAUAUUUCUUGUUUGUGUGGUGUUUGGAUUCAUGGCAAUUUUGAGGUCAUUUGCAGAUAAGGUGGUACAGAAUAUGAAUAUGAAUGUGGAUAGUUGCAGCAGUGAUUGUGUUUCCAGGAAAUUUUGUUCAGAGAAGUCAUCCUGGUUUUACCUAUUGCUCAGCUGUAGUAUCACUAUAAUUAUUCUCUCAUUAUAGAGAUUUUUCUUCA